GAAUGAAAAAUCCACAAACAUGAUGUAAAUCUGAAAUACAAUAUUAACCAUGCAUUUACUAUCAUACGGUUUUACUAUUUAGGCCAAAAUCCGAAGGACAGACCAAUGUCACAAAAAUGUAAAAAUAUCAUCACAUCUACAUAUUAUCUUGAUUUAACAAAUAAAUACAAAUUAGUGCAAGACAAGUUUUCUCUGUACAGUCACCUUCACGGUGUGAAUGGAGCAUGCUUGCAUGGUCAAAGUGAGGGGGUUGAGUCAGUGGAGGCUGUCCCCUCCUUUCCCUGUGCCAUUGGUCAGUUUCACAUAAAGACAUUUCCGACAACGUGACGACUGUGUACAAUCAGAUUGCGUGAGAGUCAAUGGAGCACUGGCUCAGUCUGAGAGAAAACAGCUCCUCGAUCACAGUCAUAGUGGGUUUCAAUAGUGGGAAACAGUCUGCAUCGUCUAUGCCAACACGUCAAACGUAUAACAGCACGAUGGAGCCAAACACAACAGACUCUUUUGAGUCACGCUAGGCGAGAAUUUGGAUCCCAGAGGCCGCUGUAGUUGCACCGGGAGCCGAGUGAACGUGACGGUGGGCGCCCAACUAUAAUCGCUUUAGCACUUGAAGUAUGCUGAAGUGUUAGCUAAGAGUCCCGCUCUUGUGUUUUGUCCAAUUAACUACACAGACAUAAAAGACGAUUCGCGUUUAAAUUAUAAACUAAAAUUAAUGUUUUUUUGAUGACCUGCAUGUCGGUAAAAAACACUAGAUUUCUCCUGUGGUCCAAGUAAUUUAAAGCUGACGGGCAAACUGAUUCUCUAAAAUGUUUUAAAAUUAAUACUCAUUCAAGUAAUAACUCGAAAUUCGAAAAUGUGCAUUAAACCUAAAAAUAAAAAUAACUAUUUAAGUUUAAGCCUCCGCCUUUUGUCUCCUUUUUUCUCGCAUGUUUUCCCUCGGAGUUCCUCCCCCUGCGGCGCUGGGCGGAGUUUCAUACCGAACCAGACGCUCCUUUUGUCGGAUUCGUUUCGACCUGACUCCCCGGGGUUUACGGCUGAAAAACAGAUACUUAAAUACAAUAAGACCGUUCAACACGAGCACAUCGCAAAUCGAUAGGAACAUCCGCGACUGGAUUUUGAAAAAGCCACUUGGCCACUGAAGAGUCGAGUUGGAGUUUACAGACAUCUGUCAUCAUGAAUGGCAGCACCAGCGUGUCCAGCAGCCAGACUGGACGCAUCAAAAGUGAGACAGCUGUAGAUACAUGGAGCAAAGAGGACUGUCUGACACUGCUGGAGAGGAUACGCAGUCUGUUACCUGAAGGAGACGGUAUGAAAUAUAAAACCACAGAGUCUCAUUUUGACUGGGAAAAGGUGGGCUUUGGGGGUUUCACUGGAGAAAUGUGCAAGCAGAAAUGGCAGAAAGUUUCCACAGAGGUCCGUAAAUACAGAACAAUGACAGAGGUCAUUUUUGAUGCAAUUGAAUAUGUGAAGAACCCUUACAAAGGGAAGAAACUUAAGACACACCCAGACUUCCCAAAGAAACCCCUCACUCCCUACUUUCGCUUCUUCAUGGAGAAGCGUGCCAAGUAUGCAAAAAUCCACCCUGAGAUGAGCAACUUAGAUCUCACAAAGAUUCUGUCCAAAAAAUACAAGGAACUCCCUGAAAAGAAGAAGAUCAAGUACAUUCAAGAGUUUCAGAGUGAGAAAGAGGAGUUCGAGAAGAACAUGGCAAGAUUCAAGGAGGACCACCCAGAUUUAAUAGAGGAGAGAAAGAAGUCAGACCUCCCAGAGAAGCCUAAGACCCCUCAGCAGUUGUGGUACAACCAUGAAAAGAAGACCUACAUGAAAAUUCACCCUGAUGUAAGUCCGAAGGAGCUGAAGGAAGCAUUACGCAGACAGUGGUCCCAACUCCCAGACAAGAAGAGGCUGAAAUGGAUCAGCAGAGCUCUAGAGCUGCAGAAACACUAUGAGGAAACCAUGAGAGCGUAUCUCGAAGCUCAUCCAGAGGUAAACUCUGAGGAGCAUGUUAAGUCUGUUCUUACCAAAGCUGAAAGACAGCUCAAGGACAAGUUUGAUGGCCGGCCAACCAAACCACCACCGAAUGGAUAUUCUCUUUACUGCGCUGAACUAAUGGUAAACAUGAAGGAUGUGCCAAGCACAGAGCGAAUGGUUUUGUGCAGUAAGCAGUGGAAGCUGAUGACACAGAGAGAGAAGGACAUGUUCCAGAAACGAUGUGAACAGAAAAAGAAACAGUAUGAGAUUGACCUUCAAAGGUUUAUUGAGAGUCUUCCGGAAGAGGAGAGGGACCGUGUGUUGUCAGAGGAGAAGCUUGGCGGCAACAAGCUGAACCUAGCGGGUGUCGGCAGCCCCCUGAGGGCUAAAUCCCCAUCUGUGAAGGAUCGGUGUCGUGACCCUGAGCUGGAUCAGUGGAUGCUCGCAAAAGACAAGCGAGACGGUAAAAAGAAACCACGGCUUCCUGAAACUCCCAAGACUCCUGAGGAGAUGUGGCAGCAGAGCGUGAUAGGAGACUAUCUGGCUAAAUACAGGAAUGACAGGAAAAAAGCGCAAAACGCAAUGGAAGCUGCCUGGAAGGCCAUGGAAAAGAAAGAGAAGAUUCCUUGGAUCAAGAAGGCUGCUGAGGACCAGAAGCGAUACGAGGUUCAGUACCGGACCGUGAGAGAGCUGUUAGAGACAAGAACCGUUCUGCCAGGACAAGGCCAAAGAAAGCCAAAAUUCGACGGAGAGCCCAAGAAGCCCCCUGUGAGUGGCUAUCAGAUGUUCUCUCAGGAACUCCUGACCAGUGGCGAGCUGAAUCACUUCAGCCUGAAGGAGCGCAUGGUGGAGAUCGGCAAACGGUGGCACAAGCUCAAUCAGAGUCAGAAGGACAAAUAUAAGAAACAGGUGGAGGAGCAACAGCUCGAGUACAAAGCCGAGCUUGACGCCUGGGUCAAGUCACUUUCUCCUCAGGAGCGUGCGGUUUAUAAAGAGUUCUCCUCUACGAAACGGCGAAGCACAACAAAAGCACAAAGUCCUGCGGCUAAAGUCCGAGUCACCAAGGGGAAGGCGGUAGGUGCCAGACCCACGACUGUGGGUGUCGGAGGGGGCAAGCGUUCCAUGGCGUACCGAGCCAAGGACACAUCAGAAUCAGAUGAGGAUGAUGAUAAAACAGACUCCUCAGACUCGGACGAUGAAGAUGAUGAAUCGUCCGGCAGUACAGAUAGCGAUGAUGACGACGACGAUGAGAAUGAUGAUGAAGACGACGAUGACCAAUCAGACGGCUCCAGCAGCUCAUCAUCAGAAGACAGCAGUGACUCUGAAUCUGACUAACCAGUCCCAUCAAUCUCAUAGAGGGAGCUGUGCCGGACACACCCCUUAGUAACACCCCUCCUACAAAACAUGAGAUGGGCCGACAGCUGUGAGCUCACAGCUUGCCGUCAACUGGCUCCCUAUUUCAACAGGGCAGAAGAGAAGAUGGAGUCCAUCUCUCUCUCGAUUAUGACAGACUCAAAAGUCAGUCAGACAACUUUUUUCUUUUUAAGGAGCUGUGUUACUUGUGUGGUAAUCGCAACAAUUUUUAUCGCCUUAUAUAGGUGUGUUAUUAAAAUAUGUGUUGACUGUUUGUUUUUGUUCAUUUUCUUUAUUUUUAACUUGAAAAUAAUAUGAUUUAGCUGGUUAAGCUUUUAAACAUUUUGACAGCAUCAGGGUUGAGUUCAGAAGGGGGUGAGAGACUUUGAAAUGGAGGUGAUGGAUCCUCCGGUUUAUAUUUGUUUGACUCCGCCAGUUGCUGGGCCUAUGAGGGCUAUAUGAGCUGCUCAAGUCUUGUUUGGAUCGUUCUGUUGCAGAUCCUCCAUAAUAAAUGCACUUUUUUUCUCUUGUA